CAAAAUCAUGUUAAAGCCUUAUUUAAUCUCAAUCAGGUUCAUGAAGAAUCAUCUCAAGCUUUAAGAAAACUUAUUGACAAUGUAUCUAAGCAUUUACGAGACCUCACCAUUUUAGAUGAACCUACAAACACAUGGGAUACAUUGGUAAUAUAUUUAAUUUCUAUAAAACUAGAUAAUGAGACAUUAAAGCAUUGGGAGGAAGCAAAAUCUGGUUAUGUAAAUCCAACUUUAGAUAAUUUAACCACAUUCUUGAAGCAUCGAGCAGACAUGUUGGAAACAUUGGAACAAAGUAAGAAUUCUAAACGAGUCAUUCCAAGGUCAAAGGGUGACAAUAAAACAAAAGCCUUUGUUGCAUCAAAACCGUACUGUGUAUAUUGCAAAAAGGACCAUUACAUUCAAAAUUGUGAGGCAUUUGUAAGGUUAUCAAUCGAACAAAGACGAACACAAGCAAUGAAGAAUCACUUGUGUCUUAACUGUUUAAGGUUGGGUCAUACAAGUAAAAUGUGCUAUGCAAGUUCCUGUAAAACCUGUAAUGCUCGACAUAAUACCUUAUUACAUGAAGAACGAGUAUCCAGUUCAGAAAACGAACAGACAGUUAAUUUAUCAUCACAUAUUAAUUUUAAUGGAGAUCAGGUACUUCUUUCAACAGCAUUACUAAAGAUUUUUGAUAAAAAUGGGAAAUGUCAUGUAGCACGGGCACUUUUAGACUCAGGUUCUCAAAGUAGUUUUAUAACCGAAGACUUUUGUAAUAAGUUACAGUUUGAUGUAAUACCAACCAAGAUAACAGUAAGUGGUUUGAGUGAAGCUCAAUCUAAUGUGUCAGGAAAGAUUUCUAUACAAGUACAUUCUAAGGUAAACAACUUUUCAUUUAAAAAUUCUUUUCUAGUUAUAAGAAACAUUACAGAAACCUUGCCUAAUUUUAAAAUUAAUAUCAAAAAUUUGAACAUUCCAGACAAUAUUAAAUUGGCAGAUCCUCAUUUUUAUAAGCCAGAGAGAGUUGAUGUGCUUUUAGGAGCUGACUGUUUCUGGAACCUUAUGUGUGUUGGACAAAUCAAGUUAAAUAAUGGAUUAUUAUUACAAAAGGGUAAAUUAGGUUGGGUUAUUGCAGGACGUAUGCAGUCAAAUCCUUGUACCACGACAAUACGUAAUUUUUCUAAAGCUAAUGACAUUGACAAGCAGCUCACUCGUUUCUGCGAAUUAGAAGAGUUUCGACACUCCAAACCACUGUCAAACGAAGAAAAAUUGUGUGAAGAAGAAUUUGUAAGGACUUUCAAACGUGACAGUGAAGGACGCUUUGUAGUAACUAUUCCUCUAAAACAAGGUCCUGAAGUCCUAGGCGAUAAAUACGAUAUAGCAAAACCAAGGUUUUUAUCUCUAGAACGAAGAUUUAAACGAGAUCCUGAAUUCAAGAAACGUUAUAUCAAUUUUAUUAACGAGUAUAAAAAUAUGAAACAUAUGUCCAAGAUAGAACAUCCAGAUAAUGCAACUUUUAGUUAUUACAUGCCCCAUCAUGGCGUUAUAAAAGAAUCAAGUUUGACUACCAAGUUACGGGUAGUAUUUGAUGCUUCAUGUCCAAGUAGUAGUGGAUAUUCUUUUAACGAUUUGCAACUUGUUGGACCUACAAUCCAGUCAGAUUUAUUCUCACUCCUGCUGCUAUCAGACAUUACAAACUAUGUAAUUGCAAAUGUAAUACAAAACCACUUUUAUGUUGACGAUUUGUUGAGUGGUGCUGAUACAAUUGAAGAGGCUAUUAACAUAGUAACAGAGAUAUCAAAGGUCCUUAAUACAGCAGGUUUUCGUCUUCGUAAAUGGAUAUCUAAUAAUAAUACAAUACUUCAAUCACUGAAAGAAAGAAAUGAAGCAGAUACACUUGAUCUAGGUGUAAACGAACUAACCAAAACAUUAGGCGUGACGUGGAAUGGAAAGGAAGACUGUUUUCUUUAUAAGAUUGGAAAUAGUUUUAAUAAACAUAUUACAAAACGAACUGUCUUGUCAGAAAUAGCUCAGAUUUUUGAUCCAAUGGGUUUACUAAGUCCAUGUAUAAUUGUGGCUAAAAUUAUCCUAAGAGAUAUUUGGAUAGAAAAACUUGACUGGGAUGAAUCUUUGUCACAACCCUUACAUACGAGAUGGCUAAACUUUAGAAACGAAUUAAGUAAUCUGAAUAAUAUCAAAAUUCCUAGACAGAUAACGUGUAAACACGCAAUCAACAUUGAAAUUCAUGGAUUCAGUGAUGCAUCGUCUUACGCAUACGGAGCCUGCGUGUACUUAAGAUCGCAAAAUGAAGAAGGAAAAAUACAAACAAGAUUGAUUUGUGCUAAAUCAAAAAUAGCUCCAUUGAAGGUUCAGACGAUUCCACGUUUGGAAUUAAUUGGUGCUUUACUGCUAUCACGCCUAAUAAAAAAAAUAUUAGAAGCAACCAAACUAGUACCAAGUAGAAUAGUAUAUUGGUGUGAUUCUACAAUAGUUUUGGGUUGGCUUAAUAUGAGUCCAAAUCAACUACAAGUGUUUGUAGCUAACCGAGUAUCAGAACUUCAGACAAUCACAAACGUAAGCGACUGGCGACAUGUUCCAUCCAGUCAUAAUCCAGCCGAUUUGGUGUCACGUGGUGUAAGACCCAAAGAAUUACCAUUUUCUAAUCUUUACUGGUUUGGUCCAGACUGGUUGAAAUCAACUGAGGACAUAUGGCCGCAUACUCUUGAAAUCAAUGUAGAGUUACCAGAAUUACGAGAAAGAAGCAAGGGAGCCUUAAAGCACACAGAAAUUGCAAAUGCUCAUUUAUAUCUAGUAAGAUUUGCUCAGCAUGAAUCAUUUGCGGAAGAAAUAUUUCAGCUUCAACAAGGUGAAAUUAAAAGAGGAAGAUUAUCCCAUAUUCAGCCAUUUUUUGACAAGGACAAGAUAAUGCGAGUGGGUGGUAGAUUAGGUAAUACAGAUCUGGACUUCAACCGAAAAUUCCCAAUUAUCUUAAGCUCGAAACAUAUAUUUUCUGAAUUACUAUUUGAUAGGGAACACCGGCGUUUAUUACACUGCGGACCUCAACACCUUUUAGCAUCAAUUUGUCAAUCAUAUUGGCCCCUAGGAGGACGUAAUUUAGCAAGAAAAAUAUAUCGAGAAUGCGUUAAAUGUUUUAGAACACACCCGAAAUCAAGUGUUCCUCUAAUGGGAAAUUUACCAAAAAAUAGAAUUACACCUGCCCCAGCAUUCUAUAGAACAGGAGUAGAUUAUGCGGGGCCAUUUUCAGUAAAGGACAGGCAAGGACGUGGCUGCAAGAUUACAAAGGCUUACAUUGCUUUAUUUGUUUGUUUUGUGACUAAGGCCAUACAUAUCGAACUUGUUUCUGAUCUAACUAAGGAAGCAUUUUUAGCAUCAUUUAAACGCUUUAUUGCUCGACGUGGAAAACCGAUUCAAAUGUUUUCAGACAACGGCACAAAUUUUGUGGGUGCUAAUUUUGAAAUGCAACGUUUAUAUAAUUUCUUACAAGAAAAUAAUAAAUCUUUGUCUGAACAUAUAGAAAAUGAAGGAGUUAGCUGGUCUUUCAUUCCAUCUCGCUCACCUCACUUUGGAGGCUUAUGGGAGGCAGGAAUUAAAUCUGUCAAAUGUCAUUUAAAGCGCGUAGCGGUUCAGAUUGAGGCUGUUCUCAAUUCUCGCCCUUUGAGCCCUUUAUCCAACGAACCCUCAGAUUUAACACCUCUUACUCCCUCUCACUUUUUAAUCGGCCGACCAUUAACGUCAUUACCUGAACGAGAUCUCGUAGAGAUACCUGAAAACCGAUUAUCAACAUAUCAACGAAUCCAGCAGCUACAACAACAUUUUUGGUCCCGGUGGUCAUUAGAAUAUAUUUCCGAGCUCCAACAGCGGUCCAAAUGGCAGCAAAAAGUGAACCCCAUUAAGAUUAAUGACUUGGUGGUCAUUAAAGAAGAAAACCAACCCCCUUUAAAAUGGUCCUUAGGCAGAGUUAUAGAAGUCUACCCAGGGAAAGAUGGAACUGUUCGUGUAGCUACAGUGAAAACCAGCACAGAGUCGUCUACAGAUGAAGAAAAUCUUCAAGAGAAUGUUCACAAGGGGAGGAAACGUUCUAGAAAUCCAGAAAAAUGGAAGCAAAUUAAGGCCAAAAAACAGUGGGAAAACUUACAAAUCAUUAUCCAAGUCCAAGAAACAAAUUCCAGAAAGAACAAUGAAAUCACCUUGUCCUGA